AUGUUCGCUCGAUACACACUUAUUCUGGCGUUACUGGCCUACUCUGAAGCUCAAUUACUUGUAAUUUCUCCGGAACUCAAAGGUAAUUUUAAUUUCUGGCAAGCUUUCCAAAAAUCCCCUUAAUCCUGUUUUCUCAAAGUUUCCAACUUCCUCAUAAACAGUUUACAAUACUCUUUACACUGUUGGGAAAGUUGGAAAAGCCCGUUUUCUGAUCAAAAGUCAACCGUUUAAUUGCCGUUUAACUUCCAGCCCUUCUUCCAAAAGAGAUGGUCGAGUUCGCGGACAGUCUGUCGAGUAAAGAGCGGGAGGUCGUGAAAUCCGUGAACGACAAAAACGGCACCGCAACUUACAUCAAAGACUUGAAGACCAAAGACGAAGAGCUGGCUAAGAAAGCGGCCGAAAGAAUUGAGGCUUUCCAGAAGAAAUUCAACAGAAUCAGUGGGCCCGGACAAAAGUUUAUUGAGAGUGUAAGUGGAGAGAUACAUGCGCGCUAAAAAUUCAUCAAUUUCUGUCGAGAAAAAGGCACAAAUGGUCUCAAAACUAAAGCAAAUUUAAUGACAAAAGGUAACGAUGACAAGGGAAGUACCCCAAGUGUGGCGCUCAAAUUUUCUUUUAAUUUAGCACGCAAGCGAGGUGUAGGCCACCGAUAAAUUAGUGAAAGUCUUAGUUCGCGCUUUUCUGGGACGACCGAGAUAUUCAACCAUUUUUGAGAGAGUACGCAAACCGCUGAGAGCGGUUACAGAGAAAAACUUUUUUGGCCGUAAUUAUGCCAGUUUUGUGCGAAGGACUAUCUUUUAUUGCAACAUUACCCACAACCUUCUUAAAGCGUUUUCUUUUCAAAGCAUACAGUUUUUUUAUAGUUAUAUAAAAUCAUCAAUUUAUUCCGAAUUGCCGCUCAUUGAAUCCUGAAUUCCUCAAACAAAAAAUUGUAACAUUCCGGCGCGUUAGCAUAUCACAAAAAAUCAUUCUUCCCAAAAAUAUUCUUCAUCCAGAAUGCGCUAUUAUUACACAUUACACUGAGACUGCACCAAUAUUUGUGAUUGAGUUUGAACCCUGUUUUUAUACGGAACAGGUGACAAACGAUGAGCAGACCGUAAAUAAACGAUUUUACAAUUUCCUUGCAGGUGAUCUACGAAGUCGAUGGAAAGGAGAACGUCGAUGAGACCGAACUCAAAAAGAUUGCCGCUUCGUUGACCGAAAAAUGGGAUAUCUUGCCGGCGGAUGUUAAGAAAGAAAUUCGAAAAACCUUCUCUCACAUUGCCCGGACUUUGGAGAGCAAGUUUUAAAAUUUUCAUAACCGUUUUUUUAAAACUUUCAGGCAAGAAAUUCCGACGGUAUGCAGCGUAA